CUCUCCUCUCUAAACCUCCUCCCCCUGACCUUUUCCCCUGCUUCUCUCUCGGUCGUAACGAGGCGAGAAGAGAGAGAGAGAGAGAGAGAGAGAGAGAGAUGGUGGGCGAUUUCAUGGUGUGCGUCGACAAGAUCAUCGCCUCCGCGUGCUUCGACUCCGGGCACGGCGGCGGAGGCGGAGGCGGCGGAGCUCAAGCAGCAGCGGCGAUGGUGGAGGGGGGAGUGAGAGGGGAGGAGGUGGAGGAGGGGGGGAGCUCGGAGAGGGGGAGUAGGAAGGGGAGUACGGGGAGGAAUAAGAGCAAGAGUAAGAGGAAUAAGAAGGGGGAUGAUGCGGUGAUCGAGUGUAGGAUAUGCCAGGAGGAAGGGAGGGAGAGCGACAUGGAGUCCCCCUGCGCUUGUAGUGGAACCCUCAAGUUUGCUCACAGGAAAUGCAUCCAAAGAUGGUGCAACAAGAAAGGGGAUAUCACUUGCGAAAUCUGCAAUCAGGUUUAUGCGCCAAACUACUCUCUUCCCCCAGCAAGAUCUGGUUCUGAUGUAGUGGCUGUGGAUAUCAGACAAGGCUGGGGCACGCGGAUCGAUCUUCGUGAUUCCCAUUUUCUAGCAAUUGCUGUUGCGGAACAAGAGCUGCUACAAGCCGAGUAUGAAGAUUAUGCAGCUGCGAAUUCAACUGGCGUCGCUUGUUGCCGCACCGUUGCUCUUAUUUUGAUGCUACUAUUGCUCGUACGCCAUAUACUCAUGGUCACAAGGGAUAUUAGUGUGCUUCAGGAUGUAUCGGCGCUCUUCAAUGUUUCUCUUCAGUUUGCUGGCUUUUUUCUUCCAUGUUAUGUGAUAUUACGUUCCUGCUAUCUCCUUCAAAGCCGAAGGCGGCGGCAGGUCUAGAGGCUAUCGUCAUUCGAAAUAUUUCACUCCUAUGGAGUCGGUGAGAAGUCGUUUGCCCGACCGCAAGUUAGGAUUCGAACCUCCCGGGAAAGUUCCGUUAAAUUGUCGAUAAUGAAAUCGAACUGAGCUUUCUGAGAAGAGAAAGGUAGCUUUCAUCAGUGUUAAGCUACCCUUGUUUAAGAAAAGAUGUAAAUAUUGAACAGCAAAUCUUCUCAGUUGUUUAGAAGCCUUUCUGAUCUGAAAGUGUAAUCCUCCUUCCAAUCAAGGAACUACUGGGUAGAGCUCUGCCUCUAUCUCAUAGUUCCCAAUUAUUAUCAAAGUGCAUCCUCUCUCUCUC